AUGACGUCGACAGUGGCCUCUGUGGCCGCAGCUUUCGUAGGCAACCUGACCAGCACAGUAGUAGCAGCAGCAGCAGAACCCGAUCAGGUCCACUCGAAACCCUCGGAACCAAUUUUCCUGCAAACGAAACUCACUCAGGCGGUGGCCGGAUUUUUCGUUUGGGCCGCCCUGUUCGUUACCUGUUCACAGAUCUAUCAUCAUCUAAGAUGGUACACAAAUCCUGCAGAACAAAGAUGGAUAGUUCGAAUUCUAUUUAUCGUACCAAUAUACGCCACUUAUUCGUGGAUAAGCUUGUUGUUUUUUAACUCUGAAAGCUACUAUGUCUAUUUUUUCACUGUCAGAGAUUGUUACGAAGCCUUUGUAAUCUACAAUUUCUUGUCGCUAUGCUAUGAGUAUCUAGGAGGGGAGGGUAACAUAAUGUCCGAAAUACGCGGCAAACCGAUAAGGUCUAGCUGCAUGUUCGGUACUUGCUGUUUGCAAGGCAAAACCUACACGAUUGGGUUUUUGAGGUUUUGCAAACAAGCUACUCUACAAUUUUGCUUGAUCAAACCUCUGAUGGCUUUCGUUAUUAUAUUUUUACAAUCGUUUGGACAUUACCAUGAUGGUGAUUGGAGUCCUGAUGGUGGUUACAUUUACAUCACAAUAAUCUACAAUAUAUCCGUGUCACUUGCCUUAUAUGGACUGUUCCUGUUCUAUUUCGCUACGCGGGACCUUUUGACUCCGUUCGAGCCUGUACUUAAAUUUUGCACAGUUAAAUCUGUCAUUUUCUUAUCUUUCUGGCAAGGUGUCGGCCUAGCAAUUUUAGAAAAAGCCGACAUAAUAUCGCCAUAUAUUGACGGUAGCGGUACUCGUACUUCUGCUGGUACCGUUUCAGCGGGCUAUCAAAACUUUCUGAUUUGCAUUGAGAUGUUUUGCGCGGCCAUCGCGUUGCGGUACGCGUUUCCGCACAGGGUUUACGUGCAAGGUUGCGUCACCGAUUCCAGAGGCCGCUCCGUCACCAUGCAAAGCAUUUCCAGUAGUCUGAAGGAGACGAUGAACCCGAAAGAUAUUAUGACUGAUGCUAUUCAUAACUUUCAUCCUCAGUAUCAGCAGUAUACGCAGUAUAGCUCGGGUGGUAAAAAUGGUAGAGGCAUCCGCUUGUCUCAGUACGACCCGGACGAUCCGAUGAGCCCUAGCGGAGGCACGGUGCCUCAUUCCUACAACAGCUUGGACAAUCCGUCCAAACCUCCUCUGAGCCUCAAUUCAAAAGUGUCCACCAUUUCUCAAAAUUACACGGAAAAGACCAUGUUGCUUAGCUCCGAUGAAGAAAAUUAA